CUCAACAGCUGAUACGAAACAUGGCGGCGGUAAACACAGACCCCAAAGCCACGGGAGAGCAAAUCAAAGCCAUUUUACGCCGCUGCAGGGGUCGACCGAGGCUGACAGACGCGGACCGGGCUCAGCGGCGGCUCGAGUCGCGGAAGAAGUACGAUGUGCGGCGCGUUUAUCUGGGAGAAGCGCAUCAGGUCUGGAGCGAGCUGCGCCGGCGCACCAGCCUGAGCGACGCGGGGCUCGCCGAGUAUCUGAUCCUGCUCAAUUCUGCAUAUGGAGAAAAAUACCAGCAGAAAUACGGCAAGAGGAAACCCCUUCCUGAACAAUGCAGCAGUCACAGGAAAGAGAAGAAGGUGUCUGCCACCAGCUUGCAGACUGUGGUGAGCUGGUAUCAAGGUCACUGUCAGUCGUGUCAGCAUGAGCCUGAGCUGCAGGCGGUGGAGCCCACUGUGGGUUUGUCUACAUCUGCACUGUGGCAGUGUGUGGCAGGUCAUUCGUUUGUGCAGAACCUGCCCUGGCCUGCAGGAGGUGAGUCCGAGUCAGACAUGGAGGACAGUGUUAUGGAGAAGGAUGAGGAGGACAGGCCUCCAGAGAAGAAAGCUACUGUCAAUGAGAGUAUCAACACCAAAAGGAGGAAACUGCAAAACCACGGGCGGCAGCAGGACGCCAUUAAUGACUUUGAAGACGAGGAUCAUCAUGUGGAGCAGAUGGCAUGCACGUCCCUCAGUGAUCUCCCAGGAUCCCCUGCGGCCCACAGCAGUCCUCCCGCCUCAGAGCGCUGUCUGGGAAACCAGGCCGAGUGGGAGAUGGAGGUGCUCAUGGACCGAGAAGCCGAGUCCGAUGGAAAAGCCUUGAGUCAGGAUGCGGAGAUGAGGCCUGUCAGGGAACAGACGGAUGCUUCGAGGACUUUAGAGAAGGAGGACAGUGGAGGCGGCUUGACGGAGAGUUACGAAUGCGUGGUUGUCACAGCGCCCUUGACGGACAGACAGGAGAGGGAGGAUGGAGCCAACUGUUCCAGAGAAGGUGGGGUGGAGAGUGUCCCGUCGUUAGCGGCCGCCCCAGCGCAGAGCCAACUGUUUGAGAGUCAGGACCUGCAGACGGUGAUGGGUGGAUGUGAGCUGCCAGACCAGCGCUCCACACUGGAAGGAUCUCAGCUGAUCAUAAUUACGGGACCCAGUUAUGAGGCUCUGACGUCUGAAGGCAUUCAGCUGAACGUGGGAGGCGGUGAUGUUGAGGAGGUCACAUGUACUCUGAUCGGGGACGUGUCGUAUAAUCAGAUGUGUCCAUCAGGAGCCAGCUCCCGUCCCAGCGCCGAUCUGGCUGAGAAGCGGUUAUUGCAUCCCGAUGAAGAAACACACUGUUCGAAAGCGCUUCAGCAAUCUCUCAGUAGGUCUAAGCGGAGCCGGCGGGGUCCAGUAAUCGAGGCGGACGGCAUGCUGAAGAUGUUCCACUGUCCGUAUGAAGGCUGCAGUCAGGUGUAUGUGGCCAUUAGCAGUUUCCAGAAUCAUGUGAACCUGGUGCACAGGAAGGGCAGGACCAAAGUGUGUCCUCAUCCAGGCUGUGGGAAGAAGUUUUAUCUGUCCAACCAUCUUCAUCGGCACAUGAUCAUACACUCAGGUGUGCGAGACUUUAUCUGUGAAACGUGUGGCAAGUCUUUUAAACGCAAGAAUCACUUAGAGGUGCACAGACGAACGCACACAGGAGAAACGCCGUUACAAUGUGAGAUAUGUGGGUAUCAGUGUCGACAGCGAGCGUCACUCAACUGGCACAUGAGGAAACACACAUCUGAAGCGCAUUUCAACUACACGUGCGAACACUGCGGCAAACGCUUCGAGAAACUCGACAGCGUCAAGUUCCACAAACUCAAGAGCCAUCCAGACAAACAGCCCACCUGAAAGACACUUAAAGAAAAAAACUCAUGAGUAUGUGAAAAGUUUUAUCAAGGAUGUGGAACAAAGUGUUUAUUUAGCAGUAAUUGCAUUUUGUGCACUUUCAGGUGUAUUUUCAUGAAAAAAAAGUCAUGGUAUUGACCUAAAAUAUGCUUGAUAGAUACUCAGAGCAGAAAAUGACAUGCAAAAACACAGAGACAUCGAUCAAGAGAAUCAAAACAGUUUGUUUUGUUGUCUGUCUAAAGUGUGUUUUUAGUUCAUUCCUGUGCUGGACACAGAAAAACAAACUGUACUUUCUGCUGACACUGUAUGAACAAACAUAUUAAUGUUUACACCAGUUUUUUCUUAAUCUAAGAUCUUAAUCAUAAUAUUAUGAUCCAAAUCAGGGUAAAAUAAAGUAUAAUUAUCUGCUGUUGCAGAAACCCAUACAGUUUAUUUACAUUGCCUUGUCCAAUCCACAUUUUUAAAAACUUCUGCUGGAACAUAGUAUGUAGCCCGACAUAUUCUUCGCCAACUUGUUGUAUUUAUUAUUUAUAACUUAAGCUACAAUGCAGCUUUGGUUGAACACUUACCCCAUAUACUUAAAUUGUAAGCACGUAACUAUCAAUCAACACAUUCGUUUUUUACAAAAUGUAUCCAUUAAUGUCAGUCCUUCGCUAUUCAGGAUGUAGAUGAGUUUGUCUCUUCAUCAGAACAGAUUUGGAGAAAUGUAGCAUUACAUCACUUGCUCACCAGUGGAUCCUCGGCAGUGAAUGGGUGCCGUCAGAAUGAGAGUCAAAACAUACUAUUUGAUAAAAACAUCACAAUAAUCCGUAAUAACGUUUUCACAGUCCAUCACCUGGGGCCUGUACCAUGAUGGCAGAUGAACAAAUUCAGAGUUAUAGGAUAAGUUUUGACUUGACAAAUGCAAACCACUCCAAUCUGGCUUUGUUGGUACCAUGAAGCUGAUCAUCAACUUUCUCUGUCAACUCAGGCUUGAUCCUGAGUUAAUGGAGCACGUGCACAUGAAUGUGUGACAUCAGUGGCGAACAGCCAAUCACAACACAGAUCAAGUGUGAUUCACUUCUCGCGAGAGAGUCCGCGAGAUACAAAACUCUUUUGUUAAAGGUUAAGAGAUUAAAGAAUAUGAGGAAUUUAAACGCAUUUCCACUGAAUUACUUGUCCAUGAAAGAGGACAAAUGAAGGAAAUUAUCUUGCUCUAUCAGUGCAGUCACAAGUGAAACUUGUAAAGUUAGUUUAUAUAGUUGAUAAUAUAUAACGAUAGAGACUCAAACAUGUAAGGUCACAUGCAGCCAUUUUUAAAGUGUUAUCUAUUGAUUCUACCACUUAUUUAUAUUACAUAUGAUCUGUAUAUAUUAAUAUUCAUUUAAAAUAAAUGCUUUAUAAUAAUUGUUAAACUAAAAGUGCUUGUGUAAUGGAGUAAUAAUAAUAUAAAUCAUAUGUAAAUUGUAAUUAUCAUAUAAAGCCAGACAAUUUUGUUGUUGUUGUUGUUUUUUUUUUAAGGUACUUCAUAGUGACCUUUAAUUUGUAGGAAGAGAAACUGGGGGAGUGACUUUUGUUUGUGUCAGACGUGUGUCACUUUGCUCACAUCCGAUUGGUCCAAUUUCAGUUUGCAAUCUCUAACUCAGAACAUAACCUGCCCCGGAGCAGGUUAGCUGUGCAGUGUAAGUUACUAUGGUAAUGAACGCAGCUAAAAGCCAAGCCACUUUCAUGGUACCUAAAACCCAGGAUUGGUGCAAACUAAACUGAAACUUACCUGGCUAGCCAGCUAAUCCGGCUUCAUGGUACAGGCCCCUGCUGUCCUCUCACAUCAACAUCCACAAACAUAUUUGUUUAGAACUGUUUUGGACUAUUUUUGCUUGUAAAUGGUACUUGAUCUGCGCAUAUUUCUCUCUUGAUUCAGACAUGACUUUUUCACUGGAGGAAGCAAUAUUAUGGAUUUUGGACUUGUAAUUUAGCCAGAAGAAACAGUUUAAAGUAAAAAAAAACUUUUAAUGAUGGAUGUUUAUUACAAACAUUCAGCUUUUGCCUUCACAUGAUGUUAAUGGACUGGAGUUGUGUGGAGUAUUGUGUUGUUGUUUUUUUCAUCUGUUUGGACCCUCAUUCUGACGGCACCCAUUCACUGCAGAUGAUCCAUUGGGAGCAAGUGAUGUAGUCAACAAACCAACUUAUCUACAUCUCGGAAGGCCUGAUGAUAAUAUUCAGCAAAUUUUCAUUUUUCAAAAAUUUAAAUUCUGUCAUUUACUCGCCCUGAAGUUGUUCCAAACCUGUAUGAGUUUCUUUUUUCUUUUGAGCUCAAAACAAAAUAUUUUAAAGAAUGUUGGCAACCAAAGAAUUCACAUAGAAAUUGACUUCCAUAGCAUUGAAAAAAAAAUGCUAUUAAAAUCAAUGGCUACCACCAGUUGUUUGGUUACCAACAUUCUUCAAAAUAUCUUUUUUUGUUCAACAGCUGAAUGAAGAAAUUCAUACAGGUUUGGAACAACUUGAGGGUGAGUAAAUGACAGAAUUUUCAUUUUUGGGUGAAUUUCCCUUUAAGUGUUACCAAUUUAUUUUCUUCUGUUUAAUUCAGAAUUUUCCAAACUUUUAGAAUCUUUUUUUUUAUUUUUUUUUUUUAGAAUCUUAGUAAGCUGAAAUUCUAACCAAAGGGAUAUUAUUUCCUUCAUGAUUCAACAUAUAUUUGUCAACUAUAUACUUAUGUAUAAAUACAUGAUUAUAUAUUUGUAGAUUCUUAGUUGGUGGUGUUGAUAAUAUCGACCUUUCCUCCUGCUUUUUUCUCUUUCAACAGUCAUAUUUGACCUACCUGAUGCUAUUUUAAAUGCAAAUGUCAACAGGUAAACAUUCCAAAAAUACAACAAAUACACAAUUGUUCAGAAUAUGUGCACUAAAACAAGUAAAUUGUGCGGAUGGAAUCUGGCAGUAUUAUCUAAAUAAAAAAAAUUAAAAAAAAAAACAUUUCACUUGUUUAUGCUUCUUUGGUCCGUGAAAAGCAGGAACCCUGUGAUGCUGAUCAUCAGUAAUAAUUUGUGAGAAUGGAUCUGAGUAUGAACUGCACAGGGAAGUGUUAUUGAAUACUUCAACUCUCAGGUAAAGAAAGUUCCUCUUGUGCUGCAUUCAUUUGCAUUUCUUUGUUUUGUGGUAGUUCUUAAUGUAAAUGUCCUGUUUUUAUCAUCUGUACAUCAUGCUCUUACAUUUUUCAAGUUCCUGGAAAAUGUUUGAUUAAGAGAUACGGAUUCCGUGCAGUGUUUCUGGAUGAACGAAUUAAAGAGUGACUGAAAGCACAAUGACCGUGUUUGAAGUGUUAUGUGAGGGCGUUGCGACAGAACUACACACGAGG